ACCAACUCGUUAUUGACUUGCCAUUGACGAUCAAACUAAACCAUAGAUAUACACGACCUUGGACGACACGGAUCAGAUCGGAUGAAAUCAAUAGAGAAUACAGCAUAGACGAAGAACUGAGGACGAACAUACCCUGCAGAGAUCGGGUCGACCGGCUCAUGCAGCAUAUAUCCCUUGGCCACUGAGAAUUGUUUUGAAUGGGACGGGACAUCUAGUUGGGGGACUAUAGAGGUGAUCUUUGGAAUUGACCAUUUUUCUUUGGUUUGAUCAAACAUGGAGGACCCAAAAGAAUUAGGGACAUUGAUCGUUGUCGUGGGCAAAGCGCGCAACUUGCCAAACAAAUCUCGGUUCGGCAAGCAGGACCCAUUUUGUACAGUUCAAUUCUUGGAGGACAAGAAGAGAACUCGGACCAUCAAGCGUGGCGGCCAACAUCCCGAAUGGGAUGACGAACUCCGAUUUACGAUCAUGGAGGAACUAGAGGACAUACUCAAAGUAUCGCGUUCCGAGUCUCUGGCAGACAGUACAGUCUCUUCGUCCGCUUCUCUCGCCUCCGUCGCUGGUCGAGAUUCUCCAGCUGGAGUAACAACGGCUCAGGCUCUCGCCGCCAAGAGUCGAAGACCGUUCACCAAAAAGGGCGGAGGCAAGAAUAUGAGAGUCGCGUGCUAUGCCGAUGAUCCAAAGGAGCCGGAAUUGAUUGGAGAUUGUUAUGUCCAGAUUGAUGAGGUGUUGAAGAAGGGAGAGGUGGAUGAAUGGUACGAAUUCACAUACAAGGAGAAAUAUGUUGGGGAGAUCUAUCUCGAGCUCACUUUCUACUCUAAUGACGCACCUCCCGUCAAGCGUAAUGUCCCAAAACCCGCCGUCCACAAUUAUGGAGGCGCAGGCGUCUUCCAUGAUGGAACGCUGUCGACAAGUUCGUCCCUCAGUGGACGGCUAAGCGCGUCAGGUAGCGCAUCCGGCAUGAACCUCUACAUACCGCCGUACGCGGCUCAACACGCCGUCAGUCCGCCAGCUGCUCACCCUCAAUCUUAUGGUUCCUUUGGUAAUUUGGGUAUACAGCCCGAAGGAAUGAAUGAUCCUAAUCAAGAUUUCGCACCUGGCAUGCCGGGAUCUAUCAUGUCAUCGCCUACGCCUGGUCCUUCAGCGACUAUGUCUUCCUUAGACUCUCUGACCCGCCCCUUCUCUGCCAUGUCAUUUGGUGAAUCGGCGCCUCCUACCCCUCCCAAAACGAUAAAUCCUUCUGCCAGUACGGUCGGCCUGAACCGACACUCACUAGGAGUCAGUGAUGCUCCUUGGGUUGCUCUCCUCCCUCAGACGUCGAAUAGCUCGCCUGCCCCUGUGUCCAGGCCCAUGUCAACGAAUGAUGCUCUUCCAUGGGAGCAAGCCAAACGCUUUGAAGACGAAAGACGCCGAGGUGGAAUGACACCUGUUCCUCGACCUUUGACAGCGCAGAUCAGACCUGGAGACACUAUACCUGCUGCUCUUCAAGCUGGAGUCCCUCCCAUCAGACAUGAACACGCUCACAGCUUUUCAUACUCUGAUCGACCAAUCGUCACUUCUCUGCUACAUGCUUCCUCUCCGUCCCCGGCUCCUUUGGCAGCUUCCGCUCCUCCCAUCGUGCCCAAUGGUGUGCAAUACCAGCACUCACCGUUAUCCUCAUUUGAGCGUGUGGCCUUGGCUCUGAACACAUCAGCCCAAUCAUCACCUCACGGACAGGCUAGUCUCGCAUCCCGACCCCAAUCCCUACACGAUCCUCUUCAGACGCCAAUCGCGCCUUAUCAACCUACGCCACCUCGUCUCGCCCAGGACUAUCCUGCGCCGCCGGGCCCACAGAAUCAUUUCGGGGUCGGUGACUCUCGGACGGAUGCCUAUCAACAGCUAUAUGACCACCUUGAUCCAACUGGAGCCACUACGCCAGCAGCGACAUACUCUCAUCAAAUUCCCUCCAUGCCUCAGACACCGCAACAUCAGAUCAAUCGAUCCUACACUCCCAGUUCUUCUCUACCGGGUUCUGCAACGCAACACACUACCCAGUAUACUCCUCCGCCCAAUCUUACUCCUCCACCUCAGCCUGUUCAACAUGCCACUUCGUCAGGGAGCUAUGUGCCCUGGUAUCAGCAAACUCAAUCCGCCCAGCAGAACGUGCAAGGCGGACCAGUCGCUCCGCCUUAUCCGGAGACAGCUACACCCGGGGGUUUCAGCCAUGUCAACGUCGUACCCCAUCCCGCCUUUGGUCCCCCUCCUGUCCCUGAUUAUCGCCCUGCACCUACGCCUUCAGGCAGCACAGUCGGUCACGGGCAAGGUUAUUAUCCGUCGGAUGAGCUAUACGUCCGGUCAGCAAAUGGAGGCUCUGAGGUGUAUUCUGCAGCACCACCUGUUCGCCCCGGUCCGACACCAUCGCCAGGUCCCUCUCGACAUGUCUCUAGACAUUCGUACCAUGGCUCGCCGUCCACAAUGGGGUAUCAGGUCUCCUCUUAUGCGAGUCAAAGUCCAACACCGCCACCGCCUCAAGGUCCGAGUGCAUUUGAUUCUCUCCAUUCUUUCUCCCCUCCACCCAUCCCUCAGAAUAGACCGAGUGAUUUCGGCCCAUCGGCUAGAGCCCGAACGCCCCUCAACUCAGGACCUGCACAUCCUUCAUCACCUUUUCCGGACUAUCGACCUCCUCAAUCACCAGCUCCUCCUCCGCAAUUACCGUACACACCCUCACCUCAUCAGCCUUAUGCUCAAUCUCAUUCGGCCCCUCCCCUCCCUCCACCCAGAACCCCUUCUCCUCUGCCCCCUCCAAGACCUCAUGAAUUGUAUGCCACUUCGAGCGAGCCUCAGGUACCCAUUAGCACCUUGAACCAUCUUGGGCCUCUUCCACCCGCCAAAUCUCCCCUUAUCAACCAUCAUCAUUCGCUGUCUGCUCCGCCUCAAGAUGUCUUGCCGUCAUCCAAUAGACACAGCUGGAAAUCCUACAUGCAGGCUCUACCAACUACAUCUCCUGCAUCGCUGGCGGCGCACAUCAGUGGACUCUCCGGUGCUCAGGUAUCUACACCGAUUCACGCGUAUCCACCCACGGUGACGUCUAGGUCGGAUGCAAAAGACAUUGCUCAAGUAGCUGGACAAUAUGAUCAAUAUGGUCAAGUGGGUAUGCCAGGAGGCUUCGCGGCUAUUGGAACCCCUCAAGGAAGUAUGGGAAACUCUGCCAAGCCGCCAAAGCCGGAUGGUUGGAGAAGUACGUUACCUGCUCAAGUCAAUGGCCAUCAGUGGAGUGGAUGAGCGACGAAUCGAACAUGGGGGAAUAAAGAGUCAGAAACGUCCGCAUCGUGAAAGGAGCCAUUAUACUAGAUGAGCCCUGCGAGUAAUGCAUUACGCCUGAGCUAAA